GACUUAUCCUAUUUGUAAACCUUUUGCCUCCCCUUCUAAACCUUCCUCACCUCUUUCCUUCGAACUCCCAAACUAACUUGUUCAUUUUGCUUGUGCGCUGUAUUAGCGCUUCCCCGCAAGGCAGUCGAGGGUUGAAGGCUUAGGCAGAUCACCAGUCGAGUUUUACCCCCUAACUGAAGAAGAAGAAGACGAAAGAAGUCCCAAAUGCCGAGGGAAAUUAUAACGCUGCAAGUAGGACAAUGCGGGAAUCAGAUUGGAAUGGAAUUCUGGAAGCAGCUCUGCCUCGAGCACGGCAUCAGCAAGGAUGGCAUCCUCGAAGACUUCGCCACUCAGGGAGGUGAUAGAAAAGAUGUAUUUUUCUAUCAGGCUGAUGAUCAACACUAUAUACCACGGGCUUUAUUGAUGGAUUUGGAGCCUAGGGUAAUUAAUGGUAUACAGAAUGGUGAAUACAGAAACCUUUACAAUCAUGAAAAUGUGUUUGUUGCUGAUCAUGGGGGAGGAGCUGGGAAUAAUUGGGCAAGUGGAUAUCAUCAGGGAAAAUUAUAUGAGGAAGACUUAAUGGACAUGAUUGAUAGGGAGGCUGAUGGAAGUGAUAGUCUUGAGGGUUUUGUUCUCUGCCACUCAAUUGCUGGUUGAACUGGCUCAGGUAUGGGCUCAUAUUUGUUAGAGACUCUUAAUGACCGGUAUAGCAAAAAACUUGUUCAGACAUACAGCGUAUUCCCAAACCAAAACGAGACAAGUGAUGUGGUUGUUCAGCCAUACAACUCCCUUCUCACACUCAAGAGGCUAACACUUAACGCCGAUUGUGUUGUUGUUCUUGAUAACACGGCGCUCAAUAAAAUAGCUGUGGAGCGCCUUCAUAUAACAACUCCCACUUUUGCCCAGACAAAUUCUUUAGUUUCUACUGUCAUGUCAGCAAGCACAACAACAUUGCGGUAUCCAGGAUAUAUGAA